UCUCCAAUUUACAACCGCUAGAAAAACAUUGCGUGGACUGGCUGUCCAGCUACCUCCUGCUGCAGAGUUAACCCCAGGUUCGCUGCUCUCCGACCCCAACUCUACACCCACCGAGCCAUGUCAUCCUGCAGCCGCGUGGCGCUGGUGACCGGGGCUAACAAGGGCAUAGGCUUCGCCAUCACUCGUGACCUCUGUCGGAAGUUCUUGGGGGUCGUGGUGCUCACCGCCCGGGACGAGGCAAGAGGCAAGGCUGCGGUGCAGCAGCUGCAGGCGGAAGGCCUGAGCCCGCGCUUCCACCAGCUGGACAUCGACGACCUGCAGAGCAUCCGCGCCCUGCGAGACUUUUUGCUCAAAGAAUACGGGGGACUGGACGUGCUGGUCAACAACGCGGGCAUUGCCUUCAAGAAUGCUGACCCCACCCCCUUCCACAUUCAAGCAGAAGUGACAUUGAAAACAAACUUUUUUGGUACCCAAGAUGUCUGCACUGAGCUGCUCCCACUAAUAAAACCCCAAGGCAGAGUGGUGAACGUAUCGAGCAUGCUGAGUCUCAGAGCCCUGAAAAACUGUAGCCCGGAGCUGCAGCAGAAGUUUCGAAGUGAUACCAUCACAGAAGAGGAGCUGGUGGGGCUCAUGAACAAGUUUGUGGAGGACACAAAGAAAGGAGUGCAUGAAAAAGAAGGCUGGCCUAAUAGUGCUUAUGGGGUGAGCAAGAUUGGAGUGACAGUCCUGUCGAGAAUCCACGCCCAGAAACUCAGAGAGCAGAGGAAAGGGGACAAGAUCCUCCUCAAUGCCUGUUGCCCUGGGUGGGUGAGAACAGACAUGGCAGGACCAAAAGCCACCAAGAGCCCCGAAGAAGGAGCAGAGACCCCCGUGUACUUGGCUCUUUUGCCACCAGAUGCAGAGGGACCUCAUGGGCAGUUUGUUCAUGAAAAACAGGUUGAACAGUGGUGAACUCAACUCUCACCUCUUCCCACAUCACCUCUCCCUCUCUUUGUAUCCUGUUGGUGAGGGCCAAGGGACAUUGAUAAUAUACUAACACAAUAUACUAAUUUAACACUCUUUAACUACUUGACUGACUGACCUUUGUAAUUCUGUGAGUUGUUUUAUGAUUCCCUCUGUGAUACAGGAUGAGAAAAAGUCAAUUCUGG